GCGCAUUUCGACGGGGAGGGGGAAGUCGGCGCGACACAACACCUGUUUGCACUUUUGCUCUUUGCUACUCGACGCAUCUUCUGAGGCGGGGGUGGCGUGAUAGGGGCCUCGGUGAUGCACUGAAACUUAAAAAAAAAAAAACCUCACACUCUGUUGCUCAGUCAGUAAAUAGACCCGCCUUCCUUCUGAAAAUAACCGCGGAGAACUGAAACAGGAAACUUGUGCGCUGCUUCACCUUUUUCCAGCUCACCCGAUGCGGGAUUUGACGCUCAAACACCAAAUUGGCAUCGGCCGCGCACAUCCCUAGCUCUGCUCCCGGAGGAGUCGGUAGAUAAUUUAAAAGAAAUAUAAAUCAGACAAAUGACCACCUUCUACGACGAAAGAGAUCUGGAGGAAGACCUCAGUCGAGCCAAUUGCCCUGAUGAGGAUUUGCAGUUUGAGUACUUGUUUGAAUAUGAACCGCCUUGCAGUGACUUUUCAGGAGGAGAUCAAGAUGACCCUGGCCUUGCCACUCACAAGGUCCUCAGUCCUGAAUCUGAGCAGGUUUUCCCUUUGGAUGAGCACUACAGGAUCAAGUCCUGCAACUCUCCUUACUCCAACCUCAACCCCGAAGUUCUCUCAGGGUACGAAAACCAGGAGGCCAGAAACUACCUGGACAACACCCGGCCCCCAGGUCUGGCCCUGAGCCCCCGGAUCGAGAUCACCCCAUCCCGAGAGCACUACAGUCAUGGCCGGGACUCGCUGCCGAACCAGCACCUGAACCUCAGCCCCAGACCCACCCUCACUGUGCCCGGCCAUGAGAGCCUCGCCUACCGUGAGCCCCAGUGCCUGAGUCCUGCCAGCAGCAACUCCUCCACCAGCUGGCACUCUGAGAGCUACUCUCCCUGGGCGUCCCCCUGUGUUUCACCCAGUAGCGGCCCAAAUCCAGCAGAUCUUUGCCCCCGCAUGCAGAACAUCCACACCGGUUCACCGCGCACCUCCCCGGGCACCUCCCCUCACACCAGCCUCGGAGAAGACGGCGGCCUGGGAGCACGCUCGCCCUCGCCCCGACCGCGCUCCACCUCCCCGCAGGGCAAACGCACCUACGAAAUGUACCGGAAUCCGGGGCUGAUACCUGGGCAGCGGUCCCGCAGUCCGUCCCCGCACAGCGGCCAGGAGAACCCCAACAUGGGAGCUCAUUUCACACACGCCGGCCUUGUUGAGGGCGUGAAUGGAUUUGGCAGCAGUCAGCCAGGCAUGGUGCCCACCAAAAUAGUCAAGACCUCCAACCAACUUUAUGCUUUAAUCCCAGAGAAUCAUGGAGACGGGAACUACUGUGAUCAGGACAUUAAAACCAAACCUGCUGCAGAGCCUUUCUAUGUCAUCCCAUCAAUCUGGCCCAAGCCGCUGGUUCCCAAUCUCUGCAGCCUCCCAUUGGCUACAGCCCCGCCACUGGAGUGGCCUCUUCCCAGUCGCACAGACCAGUAUGAGCUCCACAUUGAGGUGCAGCCCAAGCCGCACCACAGGGCUCACUAUGAGACAGAGGGAAGCAGGGGCGCAGUUAAAGCCCCCACAGGAGGACAUCCUGUGGUGCAGUUGCACGGCUACAGAGGCAAAGAUCCAGUUGGCCUCCAGAUUUUUAUUGGUACCGCAGAUGAUCGCAUCCUGAAGCCUCACGCCUUUUAUCAAGUUCACCGGAUCACCGGCAAGACGGUCACCACCAACAGCUAUGAGAGGAUCAUCAACGGCACCAAAGUCUUGGAGAUCCCAUUGGAGCCAAAGAACAACAUGAAAGCCAUAAUCGACUGCGCUGGCAUCCUGAAGCUCAGGAACGCCGACAUCGAGCUGAGGAAAGGCGAGACGGAUGUUGGUCGGAAAAACACCCGGGUCCGACUUGUGUUUCGCGUGCACAUAUUUCAGCCUGGAGGUCAGGACGUCUGUCUGCAAGUGGCCUCGCAUCCCAUCGAGUGUUCUCAGCGUUCUGCACACGAGCUUCCCAUGGUGGAGAAGCAGGAUAUGGACAGCUGCUCCGUCCUGGGCGGCCAGCAGAUGAUCCUGACUGGGCAGAACUUCAGCUCCGACUCAAAGGUCAUCUUUCUGGAGAAGAGUCACAAUGGUCAGCAACUCUGGGAAAUGGAAGCAACAGUGGACAAAGACAAGAGCCAACCUAGCAUGCUGUUCGUGGAAGUGCCAUCUUACCAUGAUACAUCCAUUUGCCAACCUGUCAAAGUGAACUUCUAUGUUAUUAAUGGCAAACGGAAGCGCAGUCAACCUCAGCAUUUCACCUUCAACCCACUGACAUCUCCUGCUAUAAAGACAGAACCUCUAGAUGACUAUGAAGCACAAAAUAUGGGCUUUGGUAUUCCUCAGAUCUUGGGCUUAUCGCCUCACUCCUACUACCACAACCCUCGCGGCAUCCUUCACCCAGACAAUGGCCUAAUGUCCGGCAUGGCUUCCUGUCAGCGUUUCAGCCCCAACCUUCCAAACCAAGACGCGCGUUUCCAGCAGCAAAGCCCGGCUAUUGUCUACUCUCGAGGUGGGAAGAGCCUCAGUAGCAGCCCAGGCACGUGGCACGCCAGCGGGGUCAUGCCUGACCCCCACCGGUCGGUGCUGGUCCACACAGGCUCACCAGCUCAGUCUGUAGGUCCCAUCAGUUCAGGCCAGCACCCAUCUAUCAUCCAGUUCUCCCCUACCAACCACCAGCUGCUCAGGGCUGGAGACGCGGAGACUCUCCCUCCUCCUCAGCCUGAUAACCAGCAGAUCCUUUUCUGCGAUGACUACCCUCCGCAGGCUGGAUCCCACUCACCUGGACACCCCCAAGCCCAGGCAGCGGUGACCCACCAGCAGCCAUGUCCCACCGUCAUCCAGCAGCAGCAGCAGCCGUUUGGGCAGAAGGAGCCCCAAAAGGUACGGGUGUCACCCGGGACACAGCCGAUGGAGGUUACCGAAGACGAACAGAGGAGGGUGACAGUCAAGGAGGAGAACUUGGACCAGGCCUACCUAGAUGAUGUGAAUGAAAUCAUCAGAAAGGAUCUGACAGGGGUUCAGGCCAGAGGUCAGACAUAGACAAGAGAGCGAAGCAGGAAGCGAUGGCCUAUUCCUCUUCCUGUGCUACCCACAGACAAACAGACACGCAUCAAUGCAAUCAUCUACUCUCCAGCAAGGUGGCACUCAUCCCCCUACAGUCUGAUCUUCUGGUCAUUGUUUUCCUUUAAACAUAGAGUCUGGAACAUCAGCUCCUGGUUGCCGUGUUUGCUUUGGAUGGUUUCCUGCAAUAAACACUUUGUAAACAGAGGAGCUCAUUUUACCAGUAACAUCUGCCACCUAUCCCCACGAGGGAUUACUGAGAAAACACAGGGACAUGCACCUUAUUUUGAUGAAAAUCUUUACAAGUAUAACCUCAGAAACCAUCUAAAAAGAGAAACGAGUGGAAUAAAGGGAAUAAUUCCUUAAACACGUCCGUAAAACAGCUUUAUCCGCUCUGUUCCGGCAAUAAACUCACACCUCUUGCCUUAUGAUAGCAAAGAUCUGGUUUGUAGCAUUCAGCUGUUUCACCAAAAAUGUCUAACAGGUUAUUGCGAAACCAAAGAAUAAAGCACAAAUCAAUGUUCUCUUGCGACUUGUUAUAUUUUUCAGCCCAGCCUUACUUGCACAAGGUUUGUCUAUAAGUUUCUUUCUGUUGCUUUUCCAAAGCGUUUAUGCUCAUCUCAUUUUAAGUGCAGUUUUGUGCUGGAAGACAAACGCACACAGCCUUAAACAAUCUGUAAAUGAACCAUGGUGACACUGCCUGUUAUGCACUGUUUUCAAAUAGAGAGGUUGAUGUUAUGGCUUCUUAUAUCAUUUGAGUCAUGAGAGUAAACUGAAUAUUUUAUGCUUGUUUUGGAAUAGUAAUUGUUACAAUAACUUGAAAUAAUGCAAUAUUACAUAUAUCUCUGCACAUAUCAAGAGCCAAAAGUGCCACAAUCCAACAAAUAACUUUUAAACAUUAAUCUAUGCAAUCAUUUAAAUACAAUUGCAAUAACUACAUUAAAUAAAUAAGUAAGCAUUAAUAAUGGUUUUAAUUUAUGGUAAAAUUCUAUGUAAUUAUUCAGUAUGUUUUUUUUACAAGUUUGCACCAUUAAUCCAGACAGCAGUUUUUUUGCCACUAGUCCUGCUAAAUAAACUCAUUUAGACAGGUUAUAAUUUUCUAAAAAUAUCUACAACAGAAAAUAUGUAAAUUUUAAUAAUCACCUUUUCGUUAUGCUGCCAGAAACAUGUCAUUACAUCUAUAUUUUAAAUAUACUACUUGGUUCUUUGGCUAACGUGAGUCCAGCUAAGGGUUUCCACGACCCUGCAAUAAAUGAUCUGAUUGGAUAACCUGGACAGCAACUCAGCUGCAGACCAAUCAUAUUGUCUGUAGCAAAAUCAUUCUCUAUGGCAACGCAAAACUGAAAACAAUGAAACGUAAAUAAAAACAAACAAAUUCUAUACGCUUUCUACUUGUAAUUAAAAUUGAUUUAAAUUAUUUAUACAUUUAAUAAGUAUUUGUAUUUAUAUAUAUAUAUGUUUAUGUAUACAUUUUGCUGAUUAUAUUUAUUAUUUAUUUGGAUUGUGGCAUUUUUCAGUCCUUGAUAUUCACGUGCUCUAUUCUGGUCUUGUAAUUUUCUUUGUGAAAUAAAAUAAAUUUGGGCAUCUUUCUUUUUUUUUCACAGUAAUCUCUGUGGUUUUGUCCACAGUCUAAAGACAAAAAAACUGUGUAUAUUGCUCUGUGUAUUUGUUGCUUCUCUUUGCAGUUAUAAUCAUUGUACUAAAAGCUGCCUAUGCAAAGCUUCCUGCUUUCAAAUGUAAAGAGUGUGCGUAUUGUUAUUAUCAUUAUCUGUAAGCAACAGCAUCAUGUUAAGGGGGUAGUGCUGCAAGACUCAGUCGCACAGUAACAGUUUGUUUUUAUGAUAUUUUAUUUUUUGGAACAUCAUAUUUUACUAAGUUACAACAGGAGAAAAGUGUGAGGUAUGUUACUGUCACAUGGAAAAUGUCAGUACAAUGAACACUCCAAGGUGAAAUAGAAGACAUUGUCUUUGAUAUGUUCCAUAUUGAAGGUCAUCACAGUAGAAUGUAAUAUUAUUACAUUUAAAAUUUGAUAUUUAACAUUUCUCAUUGAGCCAGUGGAGCACAAAUGUAUUUGACUUUUAAUGAAUGUAAUCUGUAUUAAAGUUCCCCCCUUUUCUGUAAAUAAUAGAUGCAUUUUUAUCAAUGUGUCCAGAGCCUGAAACAGGAGCUAUAUGCUGUUUUUAUAUCAUUUAUCUAUAAUAGAGUUUAGUUAUGAUUUUGUUCUUAAUUCCCUGAAUUAUCAUCAAUCCAUCCAAAAUAGUUUCUUUUGUUUUUAUUAUUUCACAGUAUUGAAACUUUUACUAACUGAUGGAUUAUUAAUGCUGUACUAUUUCAUUUUUUUGUAGAUGUCUUUAUGUUUAUGUUGAAGUGUGACUUUUCGUGUCUCUUCAAAAGCCUCUUCUUAUGGUAUUUUUGUAUUAUUAAAAGAAGCAAUAAAUAAUAACUCAUACAUGCU